AUGGCGCGUUUAAGCGGAAUUGCGGCUCUCACUCUCCUGCUAGCCGUUGCCCUCGUUCUCUCAGCGUAUGCUUCGAAAGCGGUUGCCCAGCAGGUGGAGCGAACUUCGGAUGGUAAAUAUUCGUGUGCUGAUGUGAGGAAGGGCCAAGACACCUCCGCGCACCCGUCCCUCUCCAUCUCCCACCGCUCCCACGAGCACAUUGAGAUCUCGCCAGAGCAGCACAGACGCGGCGAGCUCACGCUGCAGCACCUCUCCCACUGCCACGUGUCUGUCCGCGGUGUCCUCUCCGCCGUCUUCCUCCGCCACGUGCGCGACUGCCACGUCAUCCUCUGCCCGGUGUCAGGAGCCUGCCACGUGGAGGACGCGUCAGGGAGCACUGUAGCUGUCGCGAGUCAUCAGCUGAGGAUACACCAGACAGAGCGCGCCGAUUUCUAUGUCCGCACGCGCAGCAGGCCGCUUAUAGAGCACUCUAAGGGUGUCAGAUUCGCGCCUUAUAGUAGGGAGUAUGAUGGGUUGGAGGCGGAUUUUAAGGAUGCUGACUUGGCGGUGGAUGGAGGGCUGUGGGCCCACGUGGACGAUUUUGGUUGGCUGCGUGCGGUGCCGUCGCCGAAUUGGUCGGUUAUUCCCGAGGAAGAGAGGAAGAGCUUGGCAGAGGCGUGA